AUGUUAGAAGGUGUAACAAGAAAAAAACCUGAAGGAACAAUAGAUCAUAAUUAUCCACAUAAUAACUUAGUUUUUUGGAAAAGCAAUAAUGGUAACUACAACUAUAUAAUCACAAAUUUAGGUAUACUUCCCUUAAAUCUAGAUCUUAAAUAUAUACAAAAUCCAGGAUUAUAUCCUAUUCCUAACAACUAUAAAGUAGAAGUUUUUUGGGAGCGUAAAGAAAAAAAUCAUAUUCAAGCAUCUAUUGAUUACAUUAAAAAUAAUCCUAAACUUAAAGAAAUAGUAUUAGAAGCAGAUCAAUUCAAUAUUUUACGAAGAGGAUAUAGAGCUCUAACAGUCAAUUCACAAAAUUUACCAAAAGAAUGGUUAAUUAGUAAGGAAAAGCAUAAGAUUGAUAAAAUAAUGCAAAAGCAUAUUCCAUUAUUAGAAUUUGAUAUGACACAACUGCAAAAUGAUGAUUCGGAUGAUUCGGAUGAAUUAGAUAAAUUAGAUAGCGAAAAAAUUACAAAUACAUUAAAAAAGGGUGAUGGAAGAAAUGUCAGAAGAAAAAUAAAGCAUGUAAUAGUAACAUUAGCAGUUCUAAAUGAUCAAGAAAAUCUUAUGAAACCUGAAAACCACUAUACAAUUUCUCUGUUUUCUGGAACAGAAAAUUAUACAUCUCUUAAAAUUGCUUUAAAACCAAUUCAUCAUGAAUUGCAACAAUUAUGUCAUAUUCAUCCACCUGAAUUGGCUUUAAAUGAAUGCAAGAAUAAUAGGUACUUUGUCAAUGAAAUGAGAGAAUUAAUAUGUGAAGAAAUGAGUACUAUCAAGCUAAAAAUCAUAGAAAAAUUUAAUCUAAAUAUUAUGUUACUACCAGCACGUGCUAUUAAAGUUCAAAAACUCUGGUUAGGAUUUUAUGAACUUUACAAAAUGUUAAGUCAAAAUAGAUUAACAGGAAAUCAAUUUUGUAAUAAAGCUCUUGAAUGGUUAGAUAUGUUCUUAACACCUUCAUGA